AUGAUCUUCCUUCGCAGUUUUCGGGGGGGGGGCAAUUUGCAUGAUGUAUUUGCCGAUUUGGUCGGACUUUUCCUUCUUUGGCUCCAGUUUUACGUCUUCAUGGAGGCGCUCCUGCGCCGUCGCGCUCUUUGCGCGGCCCUGGUCUUAGUGCUGCGGCUGGGCGGCUUCCAGGCUGUUCACAGCGACCUGUCUUCAUUCUGGCUUUGCCGUUGGCUCGACCUACAAGAUCACCUUUUUGUUCUGACGCAAGAUGUGGAGUCGCCAGGAGCAAGAGCAACACUUGAGAUCACGAUGGACGAAUCUGGCGUUCCGAACAGGAGCUGCUGA